CAGUUUGCCAUGGUAAAAUUUCUCGUUUAAUGGGAGGGUCAAGAGCACAAAUUGAAGAUUUUUCAUCUCAUGUAUCAGUAAUGUUCCAAAAAUAUCCAAUGUGUGGUGGAUCUAUUAUUGAUGAACUUCAUGUUGUCACAGCUGCAUGCUGUGCUGUACAUUAUCGUGGUGUUUUUUAUAGCAAUCUUAUUGUUGUUGCUGGUGCAGAUGAUCUUGAUGAUAUUAGUCCUUCUAAUGUAUAUUCUGUUAGUUUUAUAACAUUUCAUGAAAAUUAUUUACCUCGUGAUUUGUGGGUUCAUGAUAUCGCAAUACUUACGCUUACAAGACCGAUAAUUUUUUCACCAAAAAUUUUACCAACACCAUUAUUAACUCAAAAAUUACAUGUAGAGACUCCCUCGAGAAUUCCAAGUUUCGGACAAACUUAUCCAUCUCCAAUAUUACAUUAUUCAAGAUUUCUUCGAGUAUUGAAUAUUUUAGCUAUAGCUCAUCAUCGUUGUUCAAAUUAUUAUGAAUUAUUUGGAAAUCUCAAUCAGAAUCAAAAUUGUAUUUUACUGCCAAGUCCUGAUUCAUCAGUUUUAAUGGGUGAUGGUGGAAGUGGAAUUUAUUCCCAAAGACGUUUACUUGGUAUAGCAUCAUUUGUUGCUGUAAAUAUUGGUAGCCCGGCUGUCUACACAUCAAUUCCACCAUACCUUGAUUUUAGAAACCACAACAGCAUAAUAUAUGUAUGA